GAUGAACCCAUUUCUUUUAUUUUAGGAGUCCUCGGCAAAUCAAUUGAACAGAUAGUUACACUUGCAGGUGCAGCAGGGUGAAUGUGAUGAUGGUGGACGUCCUAGAAGCUCGUAUAGCGAUGGGUAUGUGUGUGGGUGUUCAUAAUCCAACUACUCUUCGCUCAGCUCCCUCUUUCAUGCGCACGAAGCUCCGAGCCAAACCUAGUGCUGCCCUUAUUGCUUCUUCUUCUCGGACAGAAGGUCGAACAGUUGGUGGGCUGCUGUUGCAACCAAAGCAUGACCUAAACGAAGUAAAGGGAGAUGAUGAUACUGUUAAUAAUAUCAUCACCAAGAAGAAGAAAAGGGUGUUCUUUUUGGAUGUGAACCCAAUCUGUUAUGAUGGUAGCACCCCGAGUUUACACUCUUUUGCUCACUGGAUUUCCCUUUUCUUCUCCGAAGUCAGCCUUACAGACCCUGUUAUUGCCGUUAUUGAUGGAGAAGGAGCUCAUGAAUAUAGGAAACAAAUGUUACCUUCAUAUAAAGCACACAGAAGAAAAUUUUCACCAUGGGUAUCGGAAUCAGCAAAAGCUCCAAUAAGGAGAUCAUAUCAACUAAUUUCAGAUACCCUUACAAAAUGUAAUGUGCCGGUUGUGAAGAUUCCUGGUGAAGAAGCAGAUGAUGUUGUUGCUACACUUGUUGAACAAGUUUUGGAAAUGGGAUACCGUGUUGCUAUUGCUUCUCCUGAUAAAGAUUUCAAGCAAUUGAUAUGUCAAGAUGUGCAGCUUGUUAUGCCUCUUCCAGACUUAAAAAGAUGGUCAUUUUAUACCUUCAAUCACUACAUAGCUCAAUACAAGUGUGAUCCGCUCUCUGAUUUAAGUCUUAGAUGCAUUUUGGGUGAUGAAGCAGAUGGUGUUCCUGGAAUUCAACAUGUGGUGCCUGGUUUUGGCAUGAAAACUGCCUUAAAACUUAUAAAGAAACAUGGUUCAUUAGAAAACCUACUUAGUGCUGCAGCUGUAAGAACCGUUGGGAAACCUUAUGUCCAAGAUGCCCUCACAAAGCAUGCCAGCCACUUCCGAAGGAACUAUCAUGUUCUUUCCUUGAGGAGGGAUGUUAACAUUAGGAUACAGGCAGAGUGGUUGCAUAAGAGACACACACAGAAUGAUUCAGAAAUUAUAUCAAGCUUUCUUGAUUUAUUGGAGGAAACUCGUAGUUCUAAAAUGUUAAAGAGAGUGUAGUGAUUGUGUUAUAUAGAUUACUGAACUGUAAAAUUCAGAACAAUAGCGAGAUUGUUUAAAUAGUAAUUGUGUCAUUAAGAUAAAUGAGUGAUGAGCUAAAUCAUAAAUAAAGAGAUAAAGAGAUAAUAGGAUUGCAUAGCAGCAGAGACGAC